GGGCCAGGCAAGUAUGGGAGAAUUGCUAAGACAAGGGAAUGGAAUGUCUGGCCAUUGUAGGGUUCGGUGCGAAUUGUGGGCUAGGAACCAAGGACGAGCACGCGAUGGCACGAAGGAGGACGUUUCUUGAAGAUCGCCCCCUAGGAAUUGAGCCACCUAGGGAAGUAGAGGGUGGGGUAGAGGUUAGCCUGCCGGCCGUGAGCGAGGGUUGGCACCCGGUGGUGGACUGGGUCGGGGUUGAACUCAUGGAAAAUAUGGUUUACUUGGUAACGAGGGUCGAAUGGCGUGUUGAUGAGCAUGGGGAGUGGAACCCGGACCCGCAGGGGCAUGUGCGUGCAGACGGGCGAUUGUAUGUGUCCGAGGAUGGGUGGCGCGAGUUCGGGGUCCUGUUGGCAUCAGGGGAAGAUCCAUUGAGUAUGUUCGAGGGGGCAUGGCAGUUAGUAUGGGAGGCGGGAUUUGAGUUCGCAGAUCCGGGAUUUGAUGAUGUAACGACAGACCUCAGGGUAGCUCGGGCCGGAAGUUUUGAGUUGCCUAGCGAAAACAUUCGGAUGAGGUUGCCGCCCUUUCUGCUGGAAAGGCUAGGCGGGCUGGAGCUUGUCAGACGGGCGGUUGCAGACCUCGCUAGUUUGACAUACGAAAACACGAUGGUACACCGAGAAUACUAUCGGGCCUUCCUAGAAAUGGGGCCGUUUAGCGGAGAACAGAAGUAUGAGGUGCUGCGAAUCUUGCACGCCGUGUUUACCACUAGACCAAGGGCUCCGGUUGUAGGCAGUGAGGUUCUGUGGGGCGUCGUCCAACAGGAAAUAAGUCGGGGGAUGACAUACGUAGACGACCUACGUCGAUUGUUAGGUAAAGAAAUGGCGUCGCAAGAACAGGACGACAACCAGCAGAGCAGACGGAGUCAGGGUACGAAUAGGGACGAGGAACAGAACCAGGGGUCAGAUCAGGAAUCAGCAAAGCCGGAAGGGACCAAAGAAGAAGGGAAGGGCCUCUCCACAGGGGAAAGUUCAGGAAAAGUUGGGGGUAGCAAAAGAGGACCGCAGGAGAAUAGGGAAGGGAGGGACGACGAAAGGGUGAGUCCUCCGAACUCCGGAGGAACCGCGCCCAAGAAAACGAAAGUCUCGGAUGCACGCCGCAAAUUGGCAGAAAUAGAAAGGCGGACCGCAGAAUACAAGGCGAGACUUAUUGAACAAAUGAUGGCUGGGAAUGAAGAGGAUCCCCAGGGGGAAGGGUCACGAGAGGGACGCAAGACCAGUCAGGGCGAAGCCAGGUCCCUCAAAGGCGAGAUUCUCGGACCUCAGGGGGAGCGUGUAAAUUGGAACUCGCCUGGAGGAAUGCGGCGAGCCGUCAUCCUCCUGAAUAACUUAGAGAUAGAUGUCGUAGAAGCAGAACCGGUAGCCGAGAUUGUCUGGGACCAACCAAGGGGACGCGGAGCACAGGCCAAUUUUAUCCUAGAAGGCAAUGGGCAGGAUAGGGUAAAUAUCACCACUCGACGGGUCGGCGCAGAAAAGAAGCUUAUUCAAGAUACAGUAAUGGAAAAACUCGCAGGAACUAGCGCAGACCAGCAAGAGACCGAAGCCGGGGAACAAGAGAAGGUCUAUGGGAAAGUAAGGGAGGAGGAACCGGUAGACAAAGCUACGGUGACAAAAAAGAAGUUCAAGUAUCAAAUUCCAAUCCUAAUUUCGCCUGAAAUCGAUGGCACCCUGAGUAAGCUGUUGGGUACCAUGGUAUCAGUGUCCUUUCAGACCAUGCUGCAAGCCAGCCCAAGGCUGCUUAAAGGGCUCAGGCAGUUGCUAACGCGUAAGCGAGAGGAGGCCCCAGAACCACAGGAGCAGGGGACGGAAGAGGCAAAGGCACCCCAAGGUGUCUCCAAUCUCCAAAGAAUUCUCGGGGAUCUGGAGGACCUGGAAAAGGCCUCUGCAGACAUCCGCCUAAGCUUACCGGACCGAGAAGGGGGCGAAGUCAUGAGGGCGCCACCCGGGACGAAGCUUAGCUUCCACGCAUUGCCCGUAGGAAAGCUGAAAGUCCAAAUCGGAACUCACCACACGGACGCGUUAGUGGACGACGGUGCAGAAAUCACCCUCAUACGACGAGAUUUCGCAACAGUCACAGGGUGCACGGUAAACAAGGAAGUAGCAGGGAGUAUCCGGGGAGCCGGUGGCGAAAUUCCUUUCACAGGGUAUGUCACCAAAUGUGCGGUCAAGGCGGGAAUCCGAGAAUCUAUCUGGUCCUUUCAGCGGAUGACCGUGAUGGAAGAAAUGGAUCAUGAUAUAAUCCUCGGGAGACAUCGGUGCGCCAAUGUAGAAAUGAUAGGAAUUCAUCUGCAUGACGGCACAUACAUGGUAGACAUAGAAUACCCAGUGACCGGCCGCAGAGAACUCCUCCGACUUCUUGGGAUCGGAGGGGACCCUCCAAAGGGCAAGUUGGCAACCUGGUCGCCAACAUUCGAAGAGAGUGCGCGGAAGGGGGCAUUCGCACGAAUGGAAGCAAGUGGACCAAAGAGCAUCCUGGCUGUUCCGGAGGUAACCAUAUUGGGGUUUCGUUGUGGGGCUUAUGGGAGAAGACCCGACCCAGCAAAAACAGAUAAGAUCUCCCAGUGGCCGACACCCCUGCGCACCACGACGGAAGUACGAGCCUUCUUAGGGGUGGUCGGGUUCUGGAGGAUCUUCAUCAAAGGAUUCGCAAAGAUAGCGGAGGCUAUCCGCGCGAUGAUUAGAGAAGGUGGCACUAUGGAAUGGACCGAGGAUAGAGAAGCGGCAGCCCAAACCCUUAAAGACAUCCUGUCUUCCAAUCAGGUCACCCUAGCAGCACCCAAUUUCAACGAUGAGUUCGACUACAAGGUGGAGCGGAUUGCGGGGCUUCGAAACAGGGCGGAUGGGCUGAGUAGGGUAUGUAUCACGCCGGAAGGGAUAGAGGACGCAGAGCCGAUUGACGCCUUCCUGGAAUACGAAGGAGGGACCCUUGCUGUGGAUAACGAGAUGGCAGACUCCAUAGCCACGACGGGUCAGUUGCUGAUCCAGACCUUGGAAAAGGGCGCGCCUCCGGUAGUUGCGGAACUCAGGGAAGGACCGGUUACUACGUUUAGGCGCAAAGACGAGAGGGAUUCGUGGGGUGCAGUGAUUGGGCCUAAAGAGGAACUGAUGGCAAUGGUCGUGGAAGGGGGACGGAACGCCGUGAUGACCUUAGCAGAAUCUUGGACGCAAAAGGAACUGCAAUACCUGGUGAAUCAGGCUCAGGAGGAGCAGGGUACCGACCAGAGGGAACGGGAAUUUUUUCUCAUACAGAUGUAUGAAGGCAUCUUCAGGGAAGUCGGCUUGUUGCUCAUAGGAAACAAGCAACCAUUAGAAGUCAGCCCCAAGGCAAGGGAGGAAGCCGAAAAGUAUGUUUUAAUGAACGGUCACCUCUUCAAGAAGGAAGAGGGGAUGAUGCCUAUACGAGUCGUGUGCGGAAGGUCUGGGCAAUUAGACAUAAUCCAGGCAAUGCACGAUGGACUAGCGGGAGGCCAUAGGUCAUCCAAAGGGACCCUUGCGAAAAUAACACCACUCUACUUCUGGCCAGGUAUGGCAGGUAUGGUGGCAACAUACUGCCAGGCAUGCCUGAUAUGCCAGGAAAGGAGUUCCGCACGUGUCUUUGAGCCCCUUAGACCCACCCGGGUACUAGGGCCGGAGCACUUAAUCCACCUCGACCUUGAGGUCAUGCCGGUGUCAACGGAUGGAUACAGGUACAUCCUGGAUGCAAGGGAUAACCUCAGUGGCUACAUAGAGGCGGUAGCACUCAAGAGAAAGACAGGGAAGGGAGUGGCCGAUUGGAUAGAGGAUUUCAACCUAAGAGACACCUUUAUGCGCAGGUUCAUAGCAGAUAAUGGGACGGAGUUCGUCAAUCAGGAGGUAUUGAGCAGGCUUAACACCUUGUGCGUACCCAUCAAGAUCAUUGAGCCAUAUCACCCUGAGGCAAAUGCACCGGUAGAAAAGGGGCAUCGGACUUUGAAGAACACAAUCACCAAGCUAGCAGUGGAUGAUCUGGGAAAUUGGUCGCGGUACCUUAAGCAGGCAGUCUUCUCUGAGAACAUGACACCAAAGAGAAUGACGGGGUGCAUUCCAGCGGAGCUAUGGUAUGGAAGGGAGAUUGACUUCCCAAUAGAAGCCCUCGUCCCUACCUGGAACAGGCUAGAUGAUGAUCCGCACUUGACCACGGAGGAGUUAAUUGUCGCACGUUGCCAACAGGUCGCCAGGACUGAGGAAGCAUUGGAAGAAGUGGUUAAUCGUGUGAUGGAUAGUCGGAUGAGGGACAAGGCAAGAUGGGACCAGGUGAAGAAUAUCCGGAAGGAGCCGCUCCAAGUAGGGGAAAAGGUGCUAGUUAGGAACUCCGCUCUUGAAAGCACGUGGUCUGGGCAAUUGGGAAAGAGGUUCAAAGGGCCCUACAGGAUCGCUAAGCGGGUGGAACUGAACACGUUCGAACUUGAGGAUCUUGAUGGCGCUAGCAUAAGAAGGUCGUUCCCGGGACAAAGGUUGGCCAGAUUUCUAAGCAGGGAUCCUGUGGAACAAUGGCUACAAGAGGCUCAGGACGGGGAAACAGGGGAAUUGACAGCUUGAAAGGCAGGCAACUGGCUAUAGGCCUGGACCGUCUCCCUGCGGAAGUAAUCAUGAC